CCCUCUGCCCUCCCGCUUUCGGCCGCGGUGUUGUGCAAUGGAGAAGCGAAAGCCCGGAAACUCUUACUCCGAUCAUCCCCGAAGCGGGCGGCUGUAUUUGGAAACAUGACCCAGAACUGUAAUGGGAGCGGCGGCUCCACGCAACUUAGCGUUUCUGCGCUUUCUCCCAGUCAGCAUCGCCAGUCUUUGGGCCCCGGGACCUCGGAUACCAGAAGCAAAUGUAUUACUGAUUUUUUCAAACCAACUGUCAAACAAGACAGAACUCUGUUGUGCUCUCCAGAAAAAGGAAAUGGACAAGCUGGACAUACAGUUUCGUGUGUAGACCAUGUUAAAAAGAAUACAUCAUCUUCAAAGCAAAAUAGAAAGAAGAAAUUGCCAUGCUCACCAUCAGGCAGAAGCUCAAUAAUUGAUGCUUUAUUCCGAAAGACUAAGUCAGAGAAAAACAAGAGUUCAGAAAAUGUUGUUUGCAAGAAAUUUAAUUAUCCAAAACCUGUGGUUCGGAGACUGUUCAUAUCACCUAAUGCCUUACCUGACGGUUCUUUCCUAUUAAAAGAUCAUAUUAACACAACAAAUUUGGAAAGAAAUAAGAAGUAUCCUGUUCAGACAGCAACACAUUUAAUCGACAAUGGUAGUAGACAACAUAAAACAGAACAAGAAGACCUAGACACAACUGGUUCAAGCUUGAAUAAAUGGCCUUCCACUUCAGGAAAUAGUCUGAAGAAGCAGAGCCACAUAACUCAGUGUCAAAAAACAAUCUAUUCCAAGUUGCCACAAGUCAGUUCAAUUAGUUCUUCAUCUCCAAAAUCAGUAGGAACCGUUUGCAGAAAAAGACGAAAGAAGGGCACCAAAGAUUUCUUAAGAAAAAAAUCAAGCACAGCUUCACUGGAAUCUUCUUCAGAUGAGUCUUCUUCAGCACAAGCUUCGAAAAGUGUGUUUCGUUCAGGAUUAAGGUCUGAUAAAACUAUUGUUACAAAAAGCCAGCCCAGUCCAACAGCAUAUUCCAGUGCUACAACCUCAUUUGGAAUAGCUAACCAUAAACAUCCUAAAAAACGGAAAAAGAUUUCAUCAAAAACAAAUGUGAAAAAUUUACAGAAUGUUCAGACGUUAAAUAAACACAAACGUCGUAGUUCACGAAUUUCUCAUAGUACUAAUUACUCAAAACAUAGAAUAUCUGCUCACAAGAAUUUCCAGCCAGCAGAUAUAGACUGGUCUAGCAGUAACUUGGCUAUUUCAGUAGAAAAAUCUGAAGAAAAUGAAAUUAAAUCAUAUAGAUAUACUAUAAGUAAAAAUGACAAAAUCCAAAUUUCAGAUAUUAGCGAGAGGAAAUUACAGACAUCUACUCCUCUUAUUUAUUUAGAAACAAGAAGAAAUAAUGCUUCUACAGUUCCUCCAGAAAAAAUUGCUGAGCCACUUGGAUGUUCUUUGGGAGAGUGUAACAGUGUUGUCUCACUUGAAGAUUAUACUUGUGACACUAUUCCUAAUUCUUCAUGUAACUUAAAUAAAUCUAACGAUGAAGCUUAUGAGUUAAUACAAAAAUUAAAAAGCACUUCUGAUAGUGAUGCUGAAGCUUCCGAUUGCAAUGUGGACAGUAGCGAAGAAGAGACACUCAUCCCUCUUGAAAAAAUAUUAUUCCAGAGUGUCAAACCAGCUGCAAAAAAGUCAGAAGAAGCUCUGGAUGAGGAUGAAAUAGCAAGCACAAAUUCUACAGCACAUAAUGCUUCUCUUUCUAAAACUUUUACUGAGCGUGCGGCCUCAUACAUGAAUCAUUUGGAGCAUCUCCUGAAAGAGAAGGAAGAGUUAAAGAGUUAUGAAACUGAAGAUCAGUCUACUGAUGGUGAAUUAUCUGCUGAACAUAGAGAAUUUAUAGAAAAAUACUCAUUCAGCCAGGAUGCUAUUCCCGACCAGCACCCUGGAGAAAACAUAUUUCAAAUAGUGAAUGCUGGGAAAAUCUUCAACCAGAAUAAUCUUGAUUUGAGAAACUUUGGUUUUUAUCCUCAAAAUCUGAUUGAAAAGUAUCUUCUUAGAUCUGGAAUAACACAGCAGCUUUUUGUAACUAUUGAAGGCUUACUUGCAUCUACUUACCAUAAUUCUCCUUGUCCCGUACCAAUUUUAAAAUGGAUGUUUCAGAUGAUGUCAAUUCAUUCAGAUAGCACAGUUUCAAGAAAAAUUUUGGAUACGUUGAUGAUAUUAACAAUUAGAAAUUUUUCUGAUAAGAAUGACAAACAAAAGCCAUGGAUUCCAUCUUUAUUUGAUAUAACAACUGUGUUAAUCAACAUGGGUAUUUCCUUCAGUGUGUUAUUUCCUUUGCAACAUUGCCAGCCUCGCUUUACCGAAAAUGAUAUUAUGUCUGAAAUGCAUGUAACUGUGAAUAAACAAUCAAAAAGAGACACAUAUAUAAACCCAGAAGCUUUCUUUCUUCUAAUAGAGAGCAAUCUUUGCAAUAUAGCAAAGUUUCUACGGCUGUGUAUAACUGUGUAUCCAGAAGGUUACACAGACAGAGAAAUAUUUAUAUUGCUACUGCUACUAUUUAAAUUAAGUUUGGAAACAGAACUGAAGCAAUUUCCACUAGUAGACUUGGAGUGCCUUAUUAUAAAAUUGCUUGAAAGUGUCAGAAACUGGGAUAAUGAGAUGUCCCAAUUAUCCUUGGCAAUAAGUUGUCUAUCCAAUCACCAUCAUAAUCUGUUGUGGCUUGUUCAGUUUGUCCCCAAUUGGACAAUUCGUGGAAGACAAAUAAGACGACAUCUUAGCUUGGUAAUAAUCUCAAAACUUCUUAAAAGCCAUGUGAAAAUACCCAGUAGCCAUGAUCAUCAGAUGUCACUACUGUGUAAGGAGCUAGUGAAGAUGAAACCUUCAGGUCUGUUAAAGAGGCUGUCAGAAACUUCAGGUCAUCAUGAUGGUGUUACAGAGCCUUUUCUUUCUGCAUCUGAGCACCAGGCCUAUUAUCUGACUUAUGUCCUCCUUCACUUGGUUAGGGAAGCUAGCAAUUUUGAGCGUACAAGUUCCAAUCAAAGAAAAUGGCUGUUGAGACUCUGUAGCACCUUAGAAAAACAUGUAAAGUGUGAUAUUAGGGAAGAUGUCAGACUGUUUUAUAGAACUAAGGUGAAAGACUUAGUUGCUAGAACAUACAGCAAAUGGCAGCAAAUGAUACACAGUUCUCAGCUUAUUCAGGGUAAGAUCCAUGACUUUUGGGUCCCAGAUACUUAAAAAAUAGAGACUGGAUGAUCAAAAGACCAACAAAACGAGUGGGAAGACUACACUAUUGUCUAAGAAGAGGCAUUCUUGUAAAGUGCACUUAACUCCUCCAAUUACCUAAUUGGGCAACUUUAGUCAACUGUAUUUUUUAAAAGAUCCAUUUAACAUUGAGAAAGUUGCUUCUUUCUACAUGAUAAUGAUACCUGAUUUUUCUUAAUCUAAAUUGGACAAAUACAUUUUAAAAAAAAUCAAGGUAUGAUUAUUUUGCCCUUUUUACAACAAAUGUGGUUCUUUCAUUCCUACUGUGAAGCAGAAUUUAAAAAUCAUCAUUGGUGUUUGUUUUUAGUAUUAAAAAUGCUUUUCUGGUGACUUUAUAAUAGUAUCAGUUAUAUGGAUGUGACUUUUAACUUGCACGAUUAGCAUAUCGAAUGUUAGCUUUUGAAAUGGAAAGAAACAGUAAUUUGAUGGAUGACACAAAAACUAUAGACCUAUACAAAUUGGAAAGCAAGUUGGAAUUUAUUCUGUUAGAGUUUAUCUCCAAGUAAAUUUGGAUAGUCUGUAGCUUUAUAUUUAUAAUAAAGGGGUUAAGAAAUCAGUCCUAGCAAGUCCAUAUUGUUCAAAUGUUUAAGAUUGCUGGUUGUUCAUACCUAACAUUCAGGUAUUCAUAUCACAUGCUGAUAAAUUGAUGCAAUAAUUUGGUCAAUCUUUUAUAUUAGAAUUCAUGUACUAUUCUGUUUAUAUCAGAGGUUGUGCUUGCCCGCAAAGCUCCACUUGCAUGAGCAAGUGCGCUUGGUCUCACUCGGGAAGCUCCAGUCAAGUGGUGCUUCAUGAGCGCAAGCGCCAUCUGCUCUCAUAAGUGGAGUUUAUAAGUGGAGUUUUACACACACGGACUUGCCAAUUUAUCCCACAGCCCAAUUUUGAAUGUGCCAUGGCCCAGUGGUUGGGGACCCCUAAUUUAUAUACCUUUGGACUAAAUAUAUGUAUUAUUUUAUGACAUGAACAUAAAAUAUAUCGUCCAUAAGUUUCAGUCUUAAUAUUAAUAUAAAUGUAUGUAUGUGUAAAUACCGUUUGUGUGCAGUUUUAAUCUGAAAACUUGUACUGCCAUAUCUGUAAAUAAACAAAAUUUUAGAAGCCAUACAAAUUAAAUGCUUUAGAAAUAGUAUACAUAAAAUAGUUGAUUUUUAUAUUUACAUUUAAAUCAAGAUAGUCAUGUCAAAUAAAAAAAUGACAAAAUAAACAGUAUAAAUUGCUAUUAUCUAAGUGUGCAAUAAGCACUGAUAAAUCAUUCAGGAAUUUUAUCUUUAUUCAAUGAAUGGCGGUUUAUGCCUCAGAAGUGUAAAUCUGGUUCUGACUUUUAAUGCUGUUGGGAGUUUCAUUAAUUCCAAUAUAAAGUUUUAAUGGAAAAUGCUACUUUAGGAGGAAUAAGUAAGGAUAUAUUAUUAUUAUUAUUAUUAUUAUUAUUAUUAUUAUUAUUAUUAUUAUUAUUAUUAUUAUUAUUAUUAUUAUUAUUAUUAUUAUUAUUCAGAUGGGGUAGAUUUUAUUGUUCCUUCCUGCAUUCUGUGCCUAGGGUACAAAUAAUUCCUGUGUGCAAUUAGAAUAAUUUCUGUUCUCAUGAGAUUUUGUACACUUCCUCUGCAUUCUCUUGGCUGCAGCACCUUAGAUUGCAUUGAAGAUUAUUGUAGAAAGUGUAGUAACUGCCAAGAACUGAAUGCUUAGGAAGACAGCUAUCCUAAUAGAAACAGCCUGGUAGAUCUGCAUGGUCAUAAAGACUUGGAUACAGACUUUUUUCUUAAAGUUUACUUUUGAAUGAACUGUUGUGCCAAACUUUUAAAGAGAAUACAAAAAAUAACAUUUCAAUCGCAAUGUAUAUUGCGUAUAGUAUGUAAUGUGUAUAUGUAAUACACAUGUACAUUAUGUAUAUUGUGUAAUAUAUAUAUAUUAUGUGAAGAAAUAUGAUUUUUUUCUUUUUUAUAGUUUUUCAAGAAUGUUCAGAUGAAAGGUCCAAUUUAACCACUUGAAGUACAAGAAUAACAUUGAUUACAUCUCUAAAAUUCACAGUAAAUUGCAAACAUGUCAUCCUUAGUAUAUUCUAAAAAACCCAGAUAUAGUGAGAACAGAAUCCCCCUUUUACAAAAAUAACAUUUUAACUGUAGGGUCUUACAGCAUUCGAGGCUAAUUCAUUCCAGUUGUUUAUAUGCAUUUAUAUUCUUAAAUAUUAAACAACAGGCAUGUUAGUUCUUACAAACUCUGUAAGCGUAAUCUCUCCGAAAAAUGGUAUUUAUAGAUCAGACUUCUCCAGCUAUCCAAGUUCUUGGUACUCCUAAUAUUAAAAUUCUGUUUUGUUUUGGAUGUGCAUUUUUUUAUUUAGGCUGCACAACCCAACUUGAGAUUUAUACAGUAUAUGAAUGUAUUGCUUGAUUGGAACUUAAGUUAUAAAGUAUUUAAUUCUUGCUUUAACAAGGUAUGUGAACUAGGCUCUUGCGUUUUUCACAAACCAUGUAUGUUCUAAGAAAAGUUAAUCCAAAAAGUAACAAACCAUAAACUGAUAAAAACAUAAUACAUUAGCUAUGGUUGUGCUUUCAGUUUUCUUAACUUUGUUAUCUUCAUGUUUGUUGGAUCUUAAUAAUACUCAUGUUAUGAAAGACUAGUAAAAUAUUUUUUUUAUUUUUUUAUUUUAUUUUUAUUUUAUUUUGUCAUAUCAGUAUAUAUAGGCAUUAACAUGAAAUGAAAUAGCUAUAUAAUAUAUAAGCAUAUAUAUGAGUAUAAGUAUGUAAUAACUAUAUUAAUUGGAUAUAAUGAAAAGAAACAAUAGGACAGGAAUGGUAGGCACUUUUGUGCUCUUAUGCAUGCCCCUUAAUAUUCUGAUUUCAAGUUAGAACAUAUCUAAAUAAUAGGCUUUUGGACAUAAAAAUCAAAGAAUAAUUGUUGAACACUAAUGCAAAAUACUUCUAAAAGCUCAAAAGUACUAUAUUUUGUAGGUAUAAUUAUAUACUUUGUAAUUGUACAUAACAUACUGAAUCAUAAAUCAGCCAGGCAUAUUUUAGCUUAAUGGAUCCUGGACAAAGCUGAACAAGUAAAUUGAUUUAAUGAGAACGAUGUUCCCAAACUUUCUUGGACUUUCUUGGGCAUCCUUAGUAUCUUUGUGGGACAGUUAGGACAAUCACAUUUAUUGAUUGUCGUAACAUAAACCCUAGGAUGCUGCAAUGCAGUUUAGGAACUGCACCAGUAAGAAACAAUUAAAUUUAAUCUUAAUGGAUCCUAUCAACAGCCCAAGUCAGCAAUCAAAUAACAUAAAUAUAGCAUUAUCUCACUCUGUUCCUUUGUGAGGACCUCUACGUUAUCACCAAAACCUUAUGAGAACUCACACAUAAGUCACUGGCAUACAUUCACACACACACCCAACCCCAAAGUUACUAUUUGCUGUAUCUAAAAUGAAAUAAUUAUGAUAAUAGACCCACCUGCAUAGGAAGGGUAAUAACGUUCACAGACUAUUAUUGACCUGCCUAUAAUAAGAUCCAGCUUUUCAGUUUGGUUUUGGUUUUGUUUGGUUUAUAAUAAGAUCCAGUUUAGAUUCCAGUUGGAAAUUACUGGAAAGGGAAAACCUUUACCUUUAUAAUAAGAUCGAAAUUCAAGCGAGACUUUGGCAACCUGUCUUGAUAGUUUUAUUCCUUAUUUCCAUCUGAUGCGCCUUUUUUAUGUUCUUCAUGUAUUUGCAAAUGUUAGUGCAACUUUAAAUGAUGUACAUGAAACUACAAUUCAGAUUCUUAUGCACCCUUGCUUAAUAUAUUGAUUGCAAAAUGUGAAUAAUUUCCCUUCAGCCUCUCUUGAAUCUAAACCUAUAGAGCCAGAAAGUUUGCAAAUAUGGACAAAAUUUAUAGUGAUGAUUAGACCAGAAUUCAGUGGAUUUAUCUGACUAUUAGUAUCAAAACUAUUCUAGUUCUUUCUUCUUUAAAAAAAAAACUUAUGGCUUUGGAUUUUUCCCUCUGCAUAAUUAUAGAUGUCUCUAAUUAUACAGCCAGUUAAUUUUUAUUUAAUGCUGCUAGAUAUUUUUUUUUUUUUACUAAGCUAUUUCUUGUUUAUGUUUGUAACUAAUGUAAUAUGUAAUUAAAACUUUUUUAAACAAAUGUACUAUCAAGUCAGUCUGGUUGAAAGCUGGAAAUAGCAAUAUGCUGAAACUGAAAUGGAAGAGGUUAUGUUGUAUCAUUAUAUAAGAUUCAACCUUUUUUUAAUUGUUUUUACUGGAUCAGUGGUCACCAACUUGUGGAGUGAUCCACUGAAAAAUUAUUUGCCUUUUUUGUAUUGCACUAA